AUCUCUUAAACUGCGGCAGCUAAAACGGAAAGCAUAAACUGCUCCGUUCUUAAGCUUCACUGCUAUAUAAUCCCCAUCUGCUCCCUGCAAUUCAACGGACCCCACCAACCAUUAUUCAACGGACCCCACCAACGGCAACCAUUAUUCGUAAUGCAGAUUUAAAAAAUAAAAUACAAUAAUUAUUUAAAACAGAAAGAAACAGAGAAAUAUGGAAUAUUGCAUUAAUGCCGUCGCUCUCACCAGAUUGGUGAUCUUCCUAGCCGCUUUUGCAGCCAUCUUCGGUGCUACACCACCGGUUUCCGAAGAACCCAACUGCGGUGCUGCAUCACCGGCUUCCGCAGAAGGCACCUGCUCUGCUACACCGGCUUCCGCAGAAGGCCCCUCCGCUGCUACUUCACCGGAUCCCCCCGCAGGCGCCACCUCCGCCUCUCCUUCAUCAGAGGUUCCUGCAGAGAAAUCCCAGUUAGAAGCUUGGUUUUCCGGACAUGUGAAGCCCUUAGCCGACCGCAAGGCCGAGCUUGAUCCAGCCCUUGUGGCCGCUGAAGAAAACGCCACCGUGGUCAAAGUAAGGGCCGACGGAAGUGGAGAUUUCAAGACUGUCACCGAAGCCAUCGCCAGCGUUCCAGCCGGUAACACCCACCGCGUCGUGAUUUGGAUUGGAGAAGGAGUUUACAAGGAGAAGCUUACGAUUGAGAGAAAUAAGCCAUUCAUUACUCUUUACGGUUCCCCCAAGAAUAUGCCAAAAUUGACAUUUGAUGGAGACUCCAAAAAAUACGGCACCGUGUACAGUGGAACUUUGACCAUGGAGGCUGAUUAUUUUGUUGCUGCCAAUCUGGUGAUCGAGAACACUUCUCCAAGACCGGAUGCGAGAAAAGGAGGUCCGGCAUUGGCGGCGAGAAUCAGAGGGAAUAAAGCCGCAAUUUACAACUGCAAAUUCAUAGGGUUUCAAGACACCCUGUGCGACGACGAUGGGAUGCAUGUGUACAAGGAUAGCUUCAUCGAAGGCACCGUGGACUUCAUCUUCGGGAAGGCAACGUCCCUGUAUUUGAACAGUCAGCUGAACGUGGUGGGAGAAGGGGGAUUGGGAGUGAUUGCAGCGCAUUCAAGAGAAAAGGAAGACGACCCGAGUGGUUAUGUGUUUGCGCAUUGCAGCGUUACAGGCACUGGCGGGCCGAACACUUAUUUGGCAAGAUCCUGGAGGCCUUGGUCCAGAGUUGUGUUUGCCUACACCACCAUUGCCGACGUCCUUCAUCCUGAAGGCUGGGACGACAUGAACCACCCUGAUUUCGACAAGACGGUUUUCUUCGGAGAAUAUAAGAGUUCGGGGCCGGGAGCGGAGACGAGCAGCCGCAUAAAAUUCAGCAAACAGCUGAGUGAUGCAGAAGUGAAACCGUUCCUCAGCCUUGAUUACGUGCAGGCCCAAAAGUGGCUGCUUCCUCCUCCCAAGCUGUAGGGAGGGCAUAAGAUUUUUAACACUCUCUGCACCCAAUUGGGUUCCAUCAUUAUUAUUGCCUCAUUCCUUCUUUUCUUUCCCUUCAACAAUAAUGUUUCUAUUGACCUUUUUCUUAAAGCUUGUCCUCAAAUUAUAAACAUUAUUUUACUUAAUGUCCAACUCUUUUUCCAUUGCAUUUU